CCCAGAAGACCCAGAGGCUGUUGCCCUAUAUUUCAUUGACAGGGUUUCCACUAUUUUUAUUGUUAACUUGGUAAUGAACUUCGGAUGGGAGAGAGGAAAGAGAAAGCAAGUGGCAUGAAAGCUUUAGGACUCUGAAGCUGCAUCGAUCUCGACGAUUGUUUCCGGCACUGACUGAAAAAUGGUCGUAACACGGAGAUCAGCCAGGCUGGCGCAGAGUGAGCAGGAAAAAGAAGUUGAUAGCGUUGAUGGGAAACUAAAAGGAAGUCCAGGAAAAAAUGGAACACCUGUCAAAACGAAUGGGACAGCAAGCAAAGAGCCCACCCCUAGCAGUGCGAAAGAAAAAUCUCAUCCCAUGGUGUUCAUUGUUUUUAUUUCGCUCCUGCUUGAUCUUCUGGCCUUCACCAUGAUCCUACCUCUUCUGCCAGCUCUGAUGGAACUUUACCGUAGUAAAGACGACAGUGGACUUUUCCAGUGGCUUUUGAACAAGGUGGAAUAUUUUCAACAGAUACUUGGAGUGCCGGAUCGGUACAAUUCCGUCCUAUUUGGAGGAUUUCUAGGCUCAUUAUUUUCUUUUUUGCAAUUCGUUGCUUCGCCAAUCAUGGGUGCUUUUUCUGAUCGUUUUGGACGCAAGCCAGCUAUUCUCAUUUCACUAAUUGGCAUAUCUUCAUCAUAUGUAUUAUGGGCCAUAUCGACCAAUUUUGCAGUAUUCGUUUUGGCUAGAAUAGUUGGUGGACUCAGCAAAGGAAACGUCAGUCUUUUCCUUGCUGUGAUAGCAGAUGUGUCCAAUAGCGCAACAAGGGGCAAAGGAAUGGCUUUUGUUGGAAUCGCCUUUUCAGUUGGAUUUGUUUUGGGCCCUUUGAUUGGCGCCCUGUUUGCUCAGUGGUCGUACACGCAAGAGAGCCAAACUUGGUUUGUGGUGCCGGCAUCAUUGGCUUUGGCACUAGCUCUGGCUGAUGUCUUAUUUGUGGCUGUUGCAUUUAAGGAGACCCUGCCAGAGGGAAAACGAGCCAAGAGCGUGGCUUCAAGCGUUUCUCAAGCGUUUGCUUACAUCAAUGUGAUUGAUUUGUUCAAGUUCAGCGCAGUUAGCAACUUGGACAAGCAGAGUCAAAAUCGUCUCAGACGCAUUGGACUAACAUACUUCCUUUACCUCUUCCUCUACUCCGGGUUGGAGUUCACUCUCACAUUCUUAACCUAUCACGCAUUUGGAUAUACACCGAUGCAGCAAGGAAAGAUGUUUGCAUUUAUUGGAAUUACUAUGGCUGUUUUGCAAGGUGGUUACGUAAGGAGGAUUCCAGAAGAGAAAACUCACUGGGCCGCUCGACUGGGUCUCUUGUUGACUGUUCCAUCCUUCCAAUUUGUCGGUCUGGCUGCAUCUCCAAGCCUGCCAUACAGACAGGUUUUUCUUUACAUAGGACUCUUCCUCUUUGCUGCUUCAACUGCAUUUGUUGUACCCUGCAUGUCAACUCUGGCUGCUCAAUACGGAAGUCAUGAUCAGAAAGGAAAAGUAAUGGGAAUAUUGAGAUCAUUAGGAGCUCUGGCUAGAGCUUUGGGACCAGUUAUUGCAUCAACAGCCUAUUGGAGUGUGGGAUCAUCAUUUACCUACAUAUUUGGAGCUUGUCUUUUGACAAUUCCUUGGUACCUGAUUAAGAAAGCCAAAUGAUAACUACGCGAUGUCAGUCUUCAUUUCAAAACUAGAACAGUAUUUUCGUAUUUCUUGGUAUUUUUUUCAGCAUGAUUACAACGAUCAAACAACUUAUCAUUUUUACUUAAAUUUUCUAUAUGAAAUAUACUUAUUGUUAACGAUGGAAAAUUGUGAUCAAAUAUUUACAUGGCUAUUGUGGAAAUUGAAGCGUUUUGUAAACUUCAAAUAAAAUAUUUUUGGUUAAAACCUUGAUAAAAUUGAA